UUGUCCUUGUGCAGUUGAUUUUAAAAUUUACUUCAAGAGCUUUCUGAAAUAUUUAUUUCACUAUAGAGUUAAUUAUUUUUCUCUUCAUUAUUAAGUAUCUUUAUGUAGCUAAAGAAGAGCUGUGCAUAAAUCAUCACAUUUAAUCUGGCAGCUGCCUUUCUUUCUUAGGUUUUCUUUGCAUAUGUCUAUCUUUGGAAAAUGAAGACUCUUAUCUUUGUUUACAGGCCAGAAAAAUUGGGUGAAACACAGGCUCUUCCACUUACUGGAUGUUUGAAAAAAUAUUCUUUUUGGGCCAAACACAUUGGCAUUACUAGUGAGCUUGUUAGAAAUUCAGAAUCUCAGACUUUAUUUCACAUCUUCUGAAAAAAAAAAUCUGCACAAGAUCUCCAGUUUAUUGUACACAUUAAAACUUGAGAGGUGCCAUCUAACUCAACAUGUCAUUUUUGCCUGAAAAAUAUGCACUACUCAUUCUUUGUGAUGCAAAUAUAACACUAAAAAAUGUACAUGUUUGUGUUUAUGCCUUUAGUUUUUAUACUUUAUUGUUCAUAAAUUAUCAUAUAUACAGUGGUAUUGUGGGUCUUAUACCAUUUUCUUCUCUCAGAGUUAGAGAAUACAUUAGAGAAUAUUUCUGUGUUGAAAACUGUUGGAUUAUUUCAGUCAUUCCUGGGCCGUUGACAUUUAGGGAUGUGGUCAUAGAAUUCUCUCAGGAGGAGUGGCAAUGCCUGGAUACUGCUCAGCAAGAUUUGUAUAGGAAAGUGAUGUUAGAAAACUUCAGAAACCUGGUGUUCUUGGCAGGUAUUGCUGUCUCUAAGCCAGAUCUGGUCACCUGUCUGGAGCAAGGAAGAGAUCCCUGGAAUAUGAAGAGACACAGUAUGGUAGCCACACCCCCAGUUAAAUAUUCUCAUUUUGCGCAGGACCUUUGGCCACAGCCGGGCAUAAAAGAUUCUUUCCAAAAAGUGAUACUGAGAGAAUAUGGAAAAUAUGGACAUAAGGAUUUACAGUUAAGAAAUGGCUGUAAAAGUGUGAAUGAGUGUAAUGUGCAAAAAGAAGGUUAUAAUGAACUAAACCAGUGUUUGACAACUACCCAGAGCAAAAUAUUUCAAUGUGAUAAAUAUGUGAGAGUCUUUCAUAAAUUUUUAAAUUCAAAUACACAUAAGACACAUACUGGAAAGAAACCUUUCAAAUGUAAAAAAUGUGGCAAAUCAUUUUGCAUGCUUUUACACCUAAGUCAACAUAAAAGAAUUCAUAUUAGAGAGAAUUCUUACCAAUGUGAAGAAUGUGGCAAAGCCUUUAAAUGGUUCUCAACCCUUACUAGACACAGGAGAGUUCAUACUGGAGACAAAUCCUACAAACAUGAAGAAUGUGGAAAAGGUUUUAACCAGUCCUCAACUCUUAAGGUAAUUCAUGCUAGAGAGAAACACUACAAAUGUGAAAAAUGUGGCAAAGAUUUUAAACAGUCCUCACACCUUACUAAACAUAAGAUGAUUCAUACUGGAGAGAAACCCUACAAAUGUGAGGAAUGUGGCAAAGCUUUUAAUUGGUACUCACACCUUACCAGACAUAAGAUAAUUCAUACUGGAGAGAAACCCUACAAAUGUGAAGAAUGUGGCAAAGCCUUUAAUGUAUUUGCAACCCUUACUAGACAUAAGAUAAUUCAUACAGCAGAGAAACCCUACAAAUGUGAGGAAUGUGGCAAAGCUUUUAAACAGUCCUCAAACCUUACUACUCAUAUGAAAAUUCAUUCUGGAGAGAAACCCUACAAAUGUGAAGAAUGUGGCAAAGCUUUCUUCCGAUUCUCAUACCUUACUACACAUAAGAUAAUUCAUACUGGAGAGAAACCCUACAAAUGUGAGGAAUGUGGCAAAGCUUUUAACUGUUACUCCUACCUUACUGCACAUAAGAUGAUUCAUACUGGAGAGAAACCCUACAAAUGUGAAGAAUGUGGCAAAGCUUUCUACCGAUUCAUUUACCUUACUACACAUAAGAGAAUUCACACUGGAGAGAAACCCUACAAAUGUUUAGAAUGUGGCAAAGCUUUCUACCGACUAUCUUAUCUUACUACACAUAAGAUGAUUCAUACUGUAGAGAAACGCUACAAAUGUGAGGAAUGCGGCAAAGCUUUUAACUGGUACUCACGCCUUACUACACAUAAGAGAAUUCAUACUGGUGAGAAACCCUACAAAUGUGAAGAAUGUGGCAAAGCCUUUAGUGUAUUCUCAACCCUUACUAAACAUAAGAUAAUUCAUACUGGAGAGAGACCCUACAAGUGUGAAGAAUGUGGCAAAGCCUUUAACGUAUUCUCAACCCUUACUAAACAUAAGAGAAUUCAUAAUGGAGAGAAACUCUACAAAUGUUUAGAAUGUGGCAAAGAUUUCUACCAAUUCUCAUACCUUACAACACAUAAGGUGAUUCAUACUGGAGAGAGACCCUACAAACAUGAAGAAUGUGGCAAAGCUUUUAACGGUUCCUCACCAGUUACUAGACAUAAAAUAAUUCAUACUGGAGAGAAACCCUACAAAUGUGAAGAAUGUGGCAAAGCUUUUAAAAAAUCCUCAAACCUUACUAAUCAUAAGAUAAUUCAUACUGGAGAGAAACCCUACAAAUGUGAAGAAUGUGGAAAAGCUUUUAACCAGUCCUCAACUCUUACUAGACAUAAGAGAGUUCAUACUGGAGAGAAACCCUACAAAUGUGAAGAAUGUGGCAAAGCUUAUAACUGGUCCUCAAACCUUACUAAACAUAAGAGAAUUCAUACUGUAGAGACACCCUACAAAUGUGAAGAAUGUGGCAAAGCUUUUAACGAAUCUUCAACCCUUACUAUUCAUAAGAUAAUUCAUAUUGGAGAAUAACACUACAAAUGUGAAAAAUGGGGCAAACCUUAUAACCAGUGCUCAUACUUUACUACACAUAGGAGAAUUCAUGCGGAAGAGAAAUUUUACAAAUGUGAAGAAUGUGGCAAAGGCUUUGACUGGUCCUCUACCCUUACUAAAGAUAAAAGAGUUUGACUGGGUGUGGUGGCUUAUGCCUAUAAUCCCAGCACUUUGGGAGGCCAAGGCAGGCAGA